CUCAGUGGGCCUUUACCUGGUAAAAAAAAAACGACUUUAACAGUUUUAAUAGUAACCAGGCUCAAAGUCUGCUUACCUUCCAGGAAGUGAUGAGAUCGGGCACAAUCGGUGCGAUUCGCUAGUGAGCCGAAUGCAUUUUGGAAUAUUUUACGUCGAGUAAACGCGUGAACCGCAAUCAAUCUGCGAGCCGCAUGCGGUGUCUAAAAUACGGGUACUCUUACACCUUCUAGUCGAGGGCCCUUCGGCCCGCGGUAGGCAUGCACCUGGCGGUAAUUUCCGUCGACCACCCAAUAAAGACAAUGACAUUUGUUUUACGUUGCGUUCUUUUGUUUGCCAACAGUAAAUAGCAGAAUUUACUCAGGGGAGCCUCGCUUGCAUUUCAACUCGGUUUGUCUUCCAGGAGGGCCUCUGCGAUGGCACGUUUCCCCAAAUUCCAUCCACGGGUGUUUGGCUCGCGAGCGCGUGCGCCAACUAGGAGUAGCAAUGCCCCGUAAUAGCUGGUGCAAUCACAGCAAUCUCGCAGGGUUAAGAGGCUGGCUGCAAUUACCUAUCAGAUUACCACCAUUACCAUGGAUUUUUUUUGUACAAUUCCUCAAACUAAAGACAAAAAUGGGUUCUCCUCUGUGCGCGUUCGUUUAGAUGUUGCCCACGGUUGGGUUCAUAAUGGUGGCCCCAAGUUGCGAUGAAAUUACACGGGCGUGCGGUGGCGCGGACGAGAUGCAAACACAUGGCUACACUUGGCGCGUCGCUUUGAUGUUCGCCUCGAGGAAGAAUCGAAGAGGAAAGAAGAAAGAAAGAAAGACGAGAGAGAGAGAGAGAAAACAAAACGAGAAGCUCAAUUCACCGAAAAUUAUAGCCGGGGUGGUCUCAAGAAUUCGUUCACGUAGUUUUAAAAAAAAAUUCGGAAACACGCCCUGGAUCUUUCGCCUUUCGCAAGGGAAGUCCCGUGAAGUAAAGCCGUCAAGUAAAGCCGAGGCGUGUGUGCAUUCUUGUAGUCUCACCCAUUAAUUCUACAGCAGCCCGGCACAACACAAGUUGCUAUGCUCGAGGCAUUAAAGCCGUGACUGUAAAACAACAACAACAAUAACAACAACAACACAAAGACCGCAAGGACAUAUUGGGCAAAGCAACAGUGUUUAAUAACAAAAUCCAUUCUUUUCCUCGCCUCCGCGCGGUGGUAUUCAUGAGUCGUGAGCAUAUCAGCUCCAAUUUAACGAUCGUGACGGCUUUUAUUUUUUGUUACACGGGCACGGUCUCAGCGCCACGCAAGGUGCGCAUUUUGGUGACGCUUUGCACCGCACCGCACGACGUGGAGCGUUGGACUCUACUGGGCCAUGGCUCGGUGCCAUUCGUCGUCAAGAAGAAAAAAAAAGUGCAGGUGGCAGAGGAAGGGAAUUUCGGGGAGGAUAACCUGUGCCCCCCCCCCCUCUCUCGCUGAAGCAACAAAGGGCCGGCCCCGUGUUUACACGACCUCCCCUUUUUGGGAAAAUAAAUUCCAGCCCAACUGGCCGCUGCGCUCUCAACCGUGUGUUUGUUUGCGCGUCGACGAACCGCUCGACCGUAAAAUCGUCCGCCCGCGAGUCUCGGCGGCACGGGGGACAACUCCCGCCAUGGGUGCUGUCGCGCGUCCGCCUUCUCUCCUCCUGCUGCUGCUGCUGUGGCAGCUCCUGCAGCCGAUGUCAUCGCCGCCGUGCCGUGUGCUCUGCGUUCAGCUGCCCACGCACGACUCUCAAGACCCCCUGCGGACGUCGAAGAAAAACCCGAUGGUCCCUGGCGACGUUCUGGGACAAGCGAGCGCGGGCGACCACGACCACCAGCAGCUUCAGCAGCAACUUGAGGGCCUCUCCAAUCUGGAGCCCGUGGGGGCGCAGGCGGACGAGCCGCGGUCUCUGUCGCUCGGCGCGCUCACGGGACAGCUGCAGGAGCUGCAGCUGGACGUGGCGGUGCUGAGCAAGGGGCUCAGGCAGGGCACCUCGCGGCUGGCGGAGCGCCUCAACUCGCUGGAGUCGGCGGCGUCGGGCGAAGAGUCCAGGCUGCGGCGCGCGGGAGAGACCACCAAGGAGGCCCUCGCGUCUCUCGAUAGGAGGAUGAGCGCCGUGGCGAGCCUGCUGCUUCGUUUGGUGGCCGCGUGCGACUGGAGCUGCGGCGAUUCCACCCAGCAGAUCAGACUCGAGAGUCGACGAUUACAGACCCUGGACACGAGCGGGCGGCUCCUCCCUUUGUCGCCGGACAUCUCGAAGCAAGAUUCCACGGACGAGGAUGAUGUUGCUGCUGCUGCCUUGAAUGGACGACUCUUCCCAGAGAACUGCGCUGACAUCUACAAGCAGAAGAUCAAGGAAAGCGGCAUCUACACCAUUCAGCCUGCGUCUGCCCAGGUGCCCUUCGAGGCGUUCUGCGACAUGGACACGGACGGCGGCGGCUGGACCGUCUUCCAGCGCCGGCGCGACGGCUCGUGGGACUUCAACCGCACGUGGGCCGAGUACAAGCGCGGCUUCGGCGAGGUGGGCGGCGAGCACUGGCUGGGCAACGAUCGGCUGCACCAGCUGACUCGGACGAGUGACGAGGGACCCUCGCCGUCGUCGCCUCCAUCAUCGUCCUCGUCGUCGUCGUCACAGUCGUCGUCGUCGUCACAAUCGUCGUCGUCGUCGUCACAAUCGUCACAGUCGUCGUCACAGUCGUCGUUCACGCUGCGCGUGGAGCUCGAGGACUGGCACGGCGUGCGGCGCCACGCGCUCUACUCGCACUUCCGCGUCGCGUCCGAGCGCGAGCGCUACCGCCUGACGGCGCGCGGCUACCGCGGCGACGCGGGCAACGCGCUGGGCUACAGCCGCGGCUACAACCACGACGGGAGGCCCUUCUCGACGCCCGACCGCGACAACGACGCCUACGCCGCGGGGAGCUGCGCCGCCUACUACGCGUCCGGGUGGUGGUUCGACUCCUGCCUGGCCGCCAACCUCAACGGGCGCUACCACCGCGGGGGCUACCGAGGCCGAGUCACCGACGGCAUCUACUGGGGCACGUGGUACAUCCUGAGCGACUACCGCACCGGGCGCAAGUACUCGUUCCGCUCCGUCGAGAUGAAGGUCCGCCCGGCGCGCUUCUGAAGCGGGCGCUGCCGGGGAGUGGGUUGGGCGGAUCGGAGAGAGGGUGAAUUGGAUGGUGAGGUCGGCGAUGAUGAUGGCGGUGAUGAUGCUCAAAACGAACUAAGCUAUUUUUACAUUUAUACCGGGUGAGGCCCACUAAGCUAUGUGGUGGGGUGGAGUGUGGGUAGUCCCACCUCUCCCACGGCAUCUGGAGGAGUAGGCCAACGAAACUGCCACAGAGGGGCUCUGUUGAACUCGCGCUCGUGGAGGCUCUUCUGCCAGCAGUGGCCUUAGGAUGUGAGCGCAGGACAGUAGAUUGAUCGUUUAACUAGUAUGCCGCACAAAUGCAUCGGUUGAACGAUGUGUAUGUAUGUCUCUGCAUAGUUGGUUGACUCUUCGUCUCGUCAUAGCUGGUCGACUCUCCGUCUCGUCAUAGCUGGUCGACUCUCCGUCUCGUCAUCGUUGGUCGAUUCUCCGUCUCGUCAUAGUUGGUCGACUCUUCGUCUCAUCAUCGUUGGUCGACUCUUCGUCUCGUCAUAGUUGGUCGACUCUUCGUCUCGUCAUCGUUGGUCGACUCUCCGUCUCGUCAUAGUUGGUCGACUCGUCGUCUCGUCAUCGUUGGUCGACUCUCCGUCUCGUCAUCGUUGGUCGAUUCUCCGUCUCGUCAUAGUUGGUCGACUCUUCGUCUCGUCAUCGUUGGUCGACUCUUCGUCUCGUCAUAGUUGGUCGACUCUUCGUCUCAUCAUCGUUGGUCGACUCUCCGUUUCGUCAUGGUUGGUCGACUCUCCGUCUCGUCAUAGUUGGGUUGACUCUCCGUCUCGUCAUCGUUGGUCGACUCUCCGUCUCGUCAUAGUUGGUCGACUCUUCGUCUCGUCAUUGUUGGUCGACUCUUCGUCUCGUCAUAGUUGGUCGACUCUUCGUCUCGCCAUAGUUGGUCGACUCUUCGUCUCGUCAUAGUUGGUCGACUCUCCGUCUCGUCAUAGUUGGUCGACUCUCCGUCUCGUUAUAGUUGGUCGACUCUCCGUCUCGUCAUGGUUGGUCGACUCUUCGUCUCGUCAUAGUUGGUGGACUCUUCGUCUCGUCAUUGUUGGUCGACUCUUCGUCUCGUCAUAGUUGGUCGACUCUUCGUCUCGCCAUAGUUGGUCGACUCUUCGUCUCGUCAUAGUUGGUCGACUCUCCGUCUCGUCAUAGUUGGUCGACUCUCCGUCUCGUUAUAGUUGGUCGACUCUCCGUCUCGUCAUGGUUGGUCGACUCUUCGUCUCGUCAUAGUUGGUCGACUCUCCGUCUCGUUAUAGUUGGUCGACUCUCCGUCUCGUCAUGGUUGGUCGACUCUCCGUCUCGUCAUAGUUGGUCGACUCUCCGUCUCGUCAUCGUUGGUCGACUCUUCGUCUCGUCAUAGUUGGUCGACUCUUCGUCUCGUCAUAGUUGGUCGACUCUCCGUCUCGUCAUAGUUGGUCGACUCUCCGUCUCGUCAUAGUUGGUCGACUCUCCGUCUCGUCAUGGUUGGUCGACUCUCCGUCUCGUCAUAGUUGGUCGACUCUCCGUCUCGUCAUAGUUGGUCGACUCUCCGUCUGGUCAUUUUAAGCCCUGGAAGCCGUUCAGGAGAAACCGGUUCUCUCGAAGCACAGCAGGGAAAUAGGAAUUUGAUUUCUGCAUUUUCAAUUAACCACUCAGUAAGCGUGUAAUGGUCGCAUCCGCGCCCUCCCGCAUUCCACCCAGCAACUUGGGCAAUUGUCAUAAUUGGAUUCGAGAUUUGUGUCUCGUUCCCACCGUCUAAUUUCUUAUUUCCCGUAUUGUGCGUUCAGUACGUGGAUGUCUUACUCUUUGUUCUUUCCGGUUCUCGGAGCGUGAAGGUAACAUUAGCAUAUCACUUGAACACAAUUUGUACGUAAUAUAAUAUUUUGAUUUAAAGCUUUCGUGACUGCAGUGAUUCAUAUUCUUGGUUCUUUCGGUAAAGUCACGUUGAAGGG